CAGUGUGGUCAAGAUCUUGGAGAAGUGUCCAGAGCUGUACGCUGUGAAAGGGUCUCAGUUACAGCAGCGAAUUACAAAUCUGAGGAAACUUGGUCUACAUGAAGCUCUUCAUCAUCUUGAUGGGAGUGUCCAUGCUUAGUCUUGUAAGCCAAAUGCUGAAUUGUAAAGUUAAUACACAUCUGGGGACAACUGGUUGAAUUUUGGUGCUGCAAAAUCACCCUCUAACAAAGGUGUGCCCCUAUAAAACCCACCCCGGAGUCUUCUAGCACUCUUGAUGUCUGGUGUACAAUCAAUAACACAAGCAAAACAAUCUAGCCAGUGAAACACUAUCGUUAGCUAGCUGGUUUUCUCUCACAGGAGACGUUUAUUUUUAUAAUGUAUUGUCUGUCCACGUGACCUACAUCUACAUGUUUAUUUGAAGAUUUGAAAAGUUUCCUAGCAGGGCUGUAUUUUUUUUAAACUAUACCUGUAUCAUUACACUGAACACCAGUACCUAUGAAGCAACAGUAGUUUCUUUACUCCAAGGUGUUGCUCAUAAUUAGUAGUUUAAGUAACAGAAUGUAUGUUAACAUCAAUGCUGUAAUUUGGUCCCAGGCACAAGUGCACAACCUUAAAUAUUAUUGCUUCUUUGUACAAUUUUGCAAAGGUAAAAAAAAAUGCACAACAAAGCAAUAGUGGGCAGUAUGGCUAAAAAAUUAUAUGACAGUAUAAUUAAAAUGACUGACAACGUGUGUAUAUCACUGUGGGAGCAUGUGCAUUGUGACUGUCAGGCACUGCUAGAAUGUGGAAAAUAUAAGUUAUUUAAGUUUCAGUAACUGCUGGUCCACAGUUCGUCCUUAUCGGUCGGGUGUUCAUGUCAGACUAAUCCCAAAAGUCCAGCCAUUCCUAUCUAUAUGUCCUCUGCCUUAAAAACAAAGUGGCCUACUUUAGAUACAACUAACUGGACAGAACAGUGGCAGAAGGCACUUGAGGGUUUGCUACUUUUUUUCAUUUGAAAAGUGACAAACACCAAUGACUUUAGCUAAACGAACUGUUUGUGUAUCGUGUUAUCUGUGCUUUGUGCUUAUUUGUGGCAUACUAGUGUAACAGUUAUGACAAAACUCGUACCUAAUAAAGAAUUUCAAGCAGUACACUGGUUAACUUUUGUAGCCCACAACUACAACAAAAAGCUCUGCACUUUGCUUCCAAUAUGUUUUCAAUACUUGCAAGUCCUUCCAACAAAAAUGAUUGCUGCUGCUGCUGCUGCUGUUGACGAGUGACCCGCAGUCAGGGGAAUGAUAUGAGUAGUCACAUAGUCAUGCUAUCAGAUGUAACGCUGGUAGAGGCUGAUUUCUGUUUGUGGAACUAACGGUUGGAUAACCUUUAACAAAAGAAGCAUUGAUGCAUUGGUAUAUUUCGUAAGAAGGGUGUGUAAUUGCGAGUGUUACGCAGAUAUUUGAUGCAGUGUUUGGGUCUUUGUUUCUAUUAUGUUGCUUAAGCAGAUUCUAAACUCUGGUCUUCUAUCAUCAGGCAGUUUGCAGAGGGUGAUAAGCCACUACCCUCAGAUCCUGACUCUACCUGUGAAGAGAGUGAGCGCUGUCUCUCGGCUCCUAAGAGAAAAGUGCCAAUUCACGACUCAGCAGGUGACUGACGUCCUCCGAGACUCCCCUCACGUUGUGCAGGAAGAGCACACACGUUUGGAGUAUAUGUUUCAAUAUGCAUUUUUCCGCAUGGGCUGCCUGCAGGCCGAGAUGGUGAAGGCUAAACUUUUCCGGCUUUCUAUGGAGGAGCUGCAGUGUCGCCAUGGUUUCCUGGAGCGCAGAGGACUCUACCAAACGCCUGACAAGAAGGGCCAGACGCUGAUCCUUAACCCUCGGCUCAAAGACUUUCUGCUCAUCUCCGAGGAAACGUAUCUUAGCAAAAUCGCCAUGGCGACUCAGGAGGAGUUUGACGUGUUCCGGAAACUCAUGGCAAGAGAGCAGGAGGAAGAGAGAAAGCAGGAGCAUGGCGAUGAUGAUGAUGAUGAUGAUGAUGAUGAUGAUGAUGAUGUUGAUGGAGAGGAGGAGGAGGAGGAGGAAGAGUGGGACAAAGGUCAGAACGCUGGUUACAAUAAGAAGAGAAAACAAAGAAGAGAGUCAUAAGUAAAUAUCAGCAUCAUACUGUUAAUUUUCUCAUUUUAUUAGUGUUCAAAUGAUUGGAAUCAGUAAUUGCUGUUAUAUUUCAUAUGUGUUAUGUACUAUAUCAUGUACUAAAGGAUAUAACACACUGUA